UAUGUUCUGUAAUGUUUUUUUAUUGCAGUGAAGAAACGAACCAGCAAUGGCGCGUCUCAGAGAAACUGGUGGAAGUAAAGCACCACACUCAACUUUGGAGAAGAUCAGUAAAUGUAUUCUGCCACCUCGAGUUCAUGGGUUCCUGUUCGGUCCCAUGUCAGACUUUCCUGUUGUCAGAUGCCUCAUAGGCGCUAUGUUUGGAGCUCUGAGUGGGGUGGGAUUGUUCUUCGGACUCAUUCACAAUAUUGCCAUGACAACAGUACCACGCAUUGUUGUUGGAUAUGUGUUUGUGGGUCUAUGCAUUCUUGGAGGCAUAUUUUCCCAACAGUUUCGUUGCUCAGUCCUAAUGAUGUUUCCAAGUAUGCUUGGCUCAAAAGGGCGCACGUUCCUCAUGAUUUGUGUCCUCCGUGGACUUUACCAGGGCCCCAUUGCAAAUAUCCAGCGUAAUGUGCAGGAUGUGGCCUUUUCCAUGGGCUGUAAUAUAGACCUGCAGAUAACACACAGCAAGGUCAUGUGGAGAAUGGUAACAGAGCCGUUUGUGGAGGUAGUGCAGGAGAUAGUGAAGGACAGUGAGGAAUUUCAGAAAGAGGCACAGAGUGUGAGCCGACAAUUCCAGAAAGUUCGGGAUGAGGUAAUGGGUCAGUACGGAUAUGAUGCUCUUGGUAACGGCUCUGUGCACACAGCUAACAGCACACAGGAGGAGUAUGUGGAGAAGACAAUGGCACGCUGUGACUAUGUGGUGCAACAGGGUAUAAGCCGCUGUCAUGACUGGUUCAGCGAUAAGUGGGAUGAGUGCAUGAAUACCAUUCAAGCUCCUCUUAUCAACCACUUCCUCUGUGUACCAAUGAAAUUCAAUUUUCUCUGUGAUGUCAUGAGAGUGAUGACACCUUGGUGCACAGAAAAGAUUCCAGUUGAAGGAAACUUUGGUCAGACCUUCGACAAACUCGAUUACUCCAUUAACCGACUUGCAGAACACUUCACCACAAGUGCCGUCUUUCAGAAAUUAGAGCAGCAGUCAGUUUUUGGAGUGAACAUCAUUCAGGAUUUCUCUAAAGAACUGAGUCGUGUGUUCGAGGAGAAAGCAGUCAUCGCUGAGCGAAUAGCUAAAGUCAUUAAUAUCCUCCUCUCCUUCACCUUCAUAACUGUGUUCACCUCAGCAUUUGGAUAUGUUCGCAAGUUUAACAGAGAUAUUUGCUUCGACAACGUUUAUAUCACAACCUAUUUCAGACAGAUUGAUGCCCGUAGAACGAGAGCGGGGAAAAGGCAGUUAUUGCCACUGAAGAAAGCAGAGCGGGAGAGCUUGAUCAACCCUUGGAGCUUCUCUAUUCACUCCAGCGAGCUCAUGCCUGUGAUUGUGGGAUUCCUGCAGGUUGUGUCUCUGGCUUUGUUUGUUUGUGUUCUGCUUGCCGUUGAUGGAAUCCUUUACAACAUCUUUGACCUCAUCCGAAGACACACUUUCACCGAGUACUCAGUUACUAGUGUUCGUCAGGCAGAUAUUGUAAUCGGGGGAGAUUCCAUGUUAGCCAGACUUCUGCGGAAAACCAUUGGCGCCUUCAACACCUCCUCCAACCUUGAUGUACAAACCAGUAACUUGCACUGUUUGCCACAGCCACAUGCUUUAAACCAGUCAAACUACCUGUGGAUCUUCAUUCCCCUGUUUCUGAUGGGCUUCAUGUGCUGUCUUCAGGUUUACACUAACCGUCUGCAGAGGGUCAUCACUGCCUUUUACUUCCCCAAGAGAGAAAAGAAACGGAUCCUCUUCCUCUACAACCUGCAGAUCCAGAAACGAAUCUGCUUCAUCAACAGGCAACGCAAGCGGCUGAUGUUUCGAAAACAAACAUUUAAAAUGAUGCUGUCAGCUCUGUUUGUACCUCUGAAGCAUGUGGGUUGUUGGCUGCACUGGUGCUGGGUGUGUGAUGGUUUUGUGAGACAGAACCAGGCUGUGGUGUGCAGUUCUGACGGAUGCACAAUCAUCUAUUGUCAGCAUUGCUGGAGGGACUUGGGCAAUAUCUGCUAUGGCUGCUCCCCUCAAAACCAGAGUGAACCUCAAGACAGCGACUCUGAUUCUGAUGUGUACUAUGGCUGUUAAUAGGAUCCGAAUAUCGAAAGCAUAACACUUCUUAACAAUUACAGGCAUUAAUCACUUAAAACAUAGUAAUCUGUAACAUUCUUAAUUAUUUACUUAUUAUAAAAUUGCCACAUUUUCCUGGGCAAGUUACCCCAAAGUAGAAAAUCUGUUAUUUAUCCACCCUCAUGUCUAUCAAAAAGAAUAUGAAUCUUUCUUCUGGAACAUGUGAGAAGAUAUUUUGAGUGUUUUUUUUUUCUCCAAACUGGAAAGUCAAUAGGGGCGAGUGUUGUUUGGUUACCAGUGUUUGUCAAAAUAUUUACUUUGGGCUCUGCAGAAAAAAAGUCAUACAGGUUUAGAAUGAUGCGAAUGAGUGGAUAUGUGUUCCUGGACAACAAAACCAGUCUUAAAUAGCAAGGGAACAUUUUUAGUAAUCGUCAAAUAAACAUUGGAGGGGUAAAAAUUUCCGUUAUCAUUAGGAUAUUAAGUAAAUAUCAUGUUCCAUGAAGAUAUUUUAUACAUUUCCUACCGUAAAUGUAUAAAAUCUUUAUUUUUGUGAGUGGAUGGCCUGCUGCAGUGCCUCAGAUUAACAACUUCAAAGGCGAUUUUCUCAAUAUUUAGCUUUUUGCACCGUCAGAUUCCAGUUUUGAAAACAGUUGUUGUUCCGCCAGAUAGUGUCCUACUACAACAAUCCAUACAUCUAUAGAAAGCUUUUUUCUUCAGCUUUGAUAUGAUGUAAAAAUCUCAAUUAAAAGAAAAAUUACCCUUAAGA